UCUGUAUUGGUAUAGUAUAAAAAAAUGAACAAAACAAAAUUUGAUCUUCACUCCUAACAGAACUUGCCCACGCAGCAUCCGACUCCGAAUGGCAGAGAACGGACUACGAGGACAAGGGGGCGGAGCUCUCCUUCCAAGGAGCCGAAUUGCAGAGGCAACCAUUGAAGAUGGACCAGGAGGGGAGGACGGACGGCGGUGCGACUUCUGCCGCCAAUCUUAUGGUGCCCACGGAACUAACAACACCAGACCUGAUCGAAGCAUACUCUGGCGACAAAGUGGAUACCUUCGACCAGGACAGCCGCAGGGGUGACACCUCUCCCCCCACCAACCCACAAAAGCAGCAAACGCACCGAAACCCGGACAAGCACCGGUGCCGCUUCUGUCCUUACUCAUGUCCUUCUGCAGCGGGUAUCGCCAUCCACGAGAGGACUCACACUGGAGAGAGGCCCUUCAGUUGCGAUGUUUGCGAGAAAACGUUCACGCAUAAGGCUGCCUUGAAGGCUCACGUUAGAACUCACACCGGAGAGAAGCCGUUCAAGUGCAACACGUGCAGCAGGGCCUUUGCUCAGAAAACCCAUUUGACGAUGCAUGUGAGGACUCACACGGGAGAGAAGCCGUUCAAGUGCAACACGUGUAGCAGGGCGUUUACUCAGAAAUGCGAUUUGACGAUGCAUGUGAGGACUCACACCGGAGAGAAGCCGUACAGGUGCAACACGUGCAGCAGGGCGUUCACUCAGAAAACCCAUUUGACGAGUCAUGAGAGGACUCACACGGGAGAGAAGCCGUUCAAGUGCAACACGUGCAGCAGGGCGUUCACUCAGAAAACCCAUUUGGCGAAUCAUGAAAGGACUCACACCGGAGAGAAGCCGUUCAAGUGCGAUACCUGCAGUAGAGCGUUCGCGACUCAUAGCAGUUUACACGCUCAUCGGAAGAUACAUCGCAAGUGAUCAAAACCCUCACAUGCAUCAUAGUUGUGAAAGGGGUUUAAACGAAAUACUCGAGCACCGACGUGUGUUCAUUUGGUUUGGCCAUAGACCUGCAGGGGUUCUACUUGCGAGCAGUGUGUGUUUUGCAUGGUUCAAAAUGUUUCAGCCUGUUAUUUAUCGCGUAAACACAGAUAAAAAAAUGUGAAUUUACCUUACACGAAGCGACC